CCGACAGCUACGUCCUUCUGAGCUCACUUCCGUCGGCUGGAGUCGGAUCGCUGUUCUUCAGUCUCUCCCCGCUUUUGUUCUCCCAUUUCCAACCAGCCAGCGCUGCUGUUAACAGGGACCCAGCCGGUCGGGAAACCACAAAGACGCAAAGUAGCGGAGCCGUCCGUCGCAGAAAACGCCCGGUAGCCACAUGCAAAGCGCCGUCUGUACAGAGGAUACGCGGCACUCCGUAGUUGCAUAACUGGACUACUUUUUUUCUAUUACUGUUGGGUUUUUUUUUCACGCUUUUUUUGUUGCACCGAAACUGACUGCCCCCCUCCAAACUCAACAAAAUGGAGAACGACGAUAAAUACCUCCCCGAGCUUCUGGCGGAGAAGGACAGCCUGGACUCGUCGUUCACACACGCCAUGAAACUUUUAAACGCAGAAAUUGAUAGACUCCAGAAAGGAGAGACUAAAAAGGAGGCAGAGACGUACCUGGACCUUUUCACAACUAAGAACAUCAAACUUAAGGAACGGGUGCUCAUCCCUGUCAAACAGUACCCGAAGUUCAAUUUCGUGGGGAAGAUUUUGGGACCUCAGGGCAAUACCAUCAAACGCCUGCAGGAAGAAACCGGAGCCAAGAUCUCUGUGCUGGGCAAAGGAUCCAUGAGAGACAAAUCCAAGGAGGAGGGGCUGAGGAAAGGCGGUGAGCCAAAAUACGCCCACUUGUCUAUGGAGCUGCACGUAUUCAUCGAGGUGUUUGCCCCCGUGCCCGAGGCCUACCUGCGCAUGGCUCACGCCAUGGAGGAGGUCAAGAAGUUCCUCUUUCCUGAUAUGAUGGAUGAUAUCUGCCAAGAGCAGUUCAUGGAGAUGAGCUAUCUGAACGGAGGCCAGGAUCACGGAGCCCGAGGCCGGGGGGGCAUGCCGGUCAGGGGCCGCGGAGUCCCCCCUGCCAGGGGCCGGGGAAUGCCUCCUCGUGGUGCUGCUGCCAGGGGAGGUGUAACUCGAGGCGGCCCAGCCAGAGGUGGCGCAGUGAGGGGUGCCCCAGCAGGCAGAGGAGGACCUCCUGCAACACCUGCCAGGGGAGCUGUGGCACCUCGCGCCAGACCCCCUGCUGGUGGACCAUCCCAGAGGAUGGCACCACCUCCCCACCAGCACACCCCUGGUGCUGAGGGCUAUGACGAAUAUGGCUACGAUGAAAGCUACACAGACACGGCCUACGAGUCAUACGACAGCUAUUACAGUCAGCCGCAGGCAGAACCAGAAUAUUAUGACUAUGGACAUGGAGAGACCACAGAGGCAUACGAGUCGUAUGGCCAAGAUGACUGGAACGGCACCCAGCGAACAGCUCCAGGGAAGGCCCCUCCCCCCUCUAGAGGUGCCAAGACGCCUUACCGUGAGCACCCCUACCGACAGUACUGAAGCGGACUCGUCACCCUUAAAGUGUCGCCCUGACAACCGCCUGUCUACCACGGCAGCUCUCGCUUUAAGAAGCCCGACAAAAGUAAUUGUCUGUUUUGUCUUUGGUUUGGUCUUUUCCUACACCGGACUUUAUACGAGAGAGCAAAUUGGGAACUGAAAAUCGGAACUGGUUUUUGAGAUUUGACCGCGAACUCCCUCCCCAACCCCUACUUUGUCACACCAACCAACCAACCAACCAACCUACCAUCCACCCAUCCAACCAACCAACCAACCAACCAAAGCGGCUUUUAGAUGGGUCAGAGAGGAGAAGUUGGCGUCCUUUUUUUGUUCUGUUUCAUUUGAGUUUUGGUUUAUUUUGCUGUGUUUUUUCUCUGACCCUUUUUAAUCCCCUCUGGCUUUUUUGCAUUGUUGAUUGUUAAUUUUUUAACUGUUUGGGAGUAGUUAUUUUUAGUGGAGUUAGUGGCUUAUUAUCCACUUGUCUAAGGAAUCCAUUUUAAUUGUUUUUAAAUACAAAGAAUCUGUUGAGGGUCAGUUGCAGAUUCCCAUUUAGGCUACAUUUCAAAAUUCUGUUAAUAUAGCCAAAUAAAAGACCUUUUAAACUUUCAAUUAUGUAAUAUAGAAACAAAAACAAUCUUAAAUGAAGUGAAGGCUAAAUCAAUGUUAAUGGAAUCAGUACAAUUCAUUCUUGAUUAUGGUUUGUUUUUAAAUAGUUCUAAAACGUUGUCCAUUUAGACUUAGGCAGCAAUAUUUGUCAUUGUACUUAGAGUUUUGAAAUAUAGCCCUAAUAGACACUGUUGAGAUGGACUGUCCUCAUAUCCUCAAUUUGUUUUACUUGUUAAAAAUUAAUUUUAAGACACUGAAGACAAAAUGUUUGUUUAAUGAGAACACGGCUGAGACAUGGCCUCCUGUUAUGCUAAAAACAGUUCAGGUCUUCAUUUUGUGAUCUGAUUCUAUAUAAACUGCAUGCACAAAGUACACAAAGAAGGAUUGGGACAAAAAUCUCCACAUGGGUCUUCUCUUUCUACAGAGAAGGGAUCCUGCAGCUCAAUCCGAACUCUUGUACAUAUUUUAAAACAUCCUAACUGUACUUAUUCUGCCACUAGUAUCUGUACCCUCUCCAUAAAAUGCAUUAUGCUACAUGUGUAAGCUUGCCUAAAUAGGUUACUAAAUCUGUCCAAAAGAUGUUUUGCAGCAGUUUGUCAAUAAAGCUUAGUUUGUUUUUUAUGAAACUUAACUUGCUUUAUUUGUUUCCUGUGCUAGUAAAAUUCUGAAAUGGCCUUUUUUAAACAACCUUCGGCAGUCAGAUGUAGGUGUUUUCCUUUGUUUCUCAUUCAAAACCGCAUUUUAAAUCUAAAUGAAUGUAUUGACGUCUGAAGACUUUAACCCUACUAAAUGAUGUCUUGAUUGAUUAUCAAAAGAGCACAACUUAUUCUUUCUCUCUCUUUCUAUACUUUUUAAAAAGGACCCAGAGGUAAGACCUCUAAAAUAACCUGGAUAGCUUCCUAAUGUGUAUAGAGUUCUAAAGCAUUGAAUGCCUGGGUAUGUAUAAGACUUUUUCAAUCCUCUUACCUGUGGUCGUAAUCGUUAAUGAGAAUUGCUUUUAUAGCAUCUGAAAAUUAACUGAAUUCAAACCACCAUUCAGGUCUAGGCUUCAUUGUCAUGAAUGACGCUGGCGCGAUGGCAACUUUAGUACAGAGUAAUGGCAGUGCAAUGGAGAGGAUGGUUAUAACCUAGAGAACUCCACUGUAAAGGUAACCUAACCCUAAAUGUUUAAUUUCGUAGUGUGUUUAUCCUUUGACAUAAACUUGCUGGUAAAUGCGUACAAUUUCUUAAAAUAUUAUUACAGUCAUGGAAACAAAAAAGAAUCAACUCAAAAGUAAGAAAAACGUAACUUCCAAUAUCAUGCAGUAGUGGAUUUUAUGUACCAAAAUAACUGUUCUGUGUACUAACAAAAUAUGUUAGGAUAGUGUUAAUGCAACUCUUGCUAAAAUGAACAAAGCCAAAUCUAUAUCAAUAUCUUCUGUACAGUUGAGCUGCUGUUACUUUUUUAUUUGCUGUGUAAAGGUUGCUUACUGUAAUAUUUAAAAGGUUCUGCCUGUACAGAGUAAUCCAAAAAAGAAAGCUUGAGUUGCAUGAGCAUAUCUUCUCCUGUAGACAUUGCAUGAUCUGUCUCAAGUUUCUCCCAGUGUUUUUAGACAAGGUAUUGAUUUGGGGUUUGUCCUUCCUUCAGGCACAGCUUACGGUCACUGAGUGCCCGGAGACUGACAGUCUGCUGAAGUGAGACCAUACAAACCUCAGUGAAGCCGUGCACAGGAGCAGCUCAGCAUGAAGGAAGGUGGUCAGGCGAAGCUCUCGGGGCGCCCUGUUGAAAGGUGUGGCCCAUGGCCCAGUUCUGUUCCUGGCAGGGAAGGUGGUGGUGGUGGUGGCGGUGGUGGUGGUGGUGUAGAGGGGGGUGUAGGGGAAGGGUGGCUGGCUGCCAUGUCACCCAAAGGAGCCAGCUGAUUUAGAGCGAGGGAGAGAGGAGCUGGCUCAGACUCCCACUCAAACAGGAACUGAGGCUGCAGCUGAUCAGUGAAGACAUUCGACUGACUGGGAAUCCAUAACAACCAGAGACUAUUGAGCAACUCUCAUUUCAUGCGGACUAUUUCCUACUAUUUGUACAUUUCUAGUCAAUAUUGAAUUACCAUGCAUUACCCUUGUCUAAUUAUUUUCUAACACUGAAGACGCCCACUCGAAGCCUUUCCUGAUUGUGUGCUUCUGUACACAGCUUCUACAGACCACCCCCCUCUCCCUACAAAUGUAAUUGUUCCAGCCUAAUUUACCAUAAAAUGAGAACUCCUGUUAUAGUAGGCUGUGAAAUUGUUUUUAAUUUCUAUUAACCCUUGAAUUAGACGUGAAAGAAACUCCUCCUUUCUGCAAGGCAAGCUGUAUUCAAAGAGACUUGUGUGACAUCUGCAUUUCAAGUAUUUGAUUUUUUAACAUUCCGCCGGCGCGCUGUUUAGCAUCCAUGCCUUAUUGCCGCGUGAAAUUAGACUCCGGGCUCGAGAGUUAAAGACGCCCGGAGAGUGCGGAUCGCUAUCUCGCCGCGGCCGAGUUCACGACGAAGCACACGCCGCCACAUCUUGGCGUCGCACGGCCUGCCUAGCCCUGAGGAUAUCGAAUGCUAAUGCAGCGGCCUAUUUGCAUGUACUCACAUGUACCCUCCCUGCAAAUGUGAAACACUUUCAUAACCAACGCUGGCCUGUUCUCGGCAGUUCAGCAUCCAAGUAUGAUAAUUCAGCGAGAUGGAGCCAGGAAGAGAGCUGCAUGUGAGAAAGGGACAGAGGGUGAAGACAGACAUUACUGACAUCCCUCCCAUCUAUCCAUCUAUCCAUCAUGCUUCUGUUGAUUUGAUUCCCUUCUAUGCCAUUUUCUGCCAUUAUCACUGAUGAUAUUACAGCAGCCUGUGGUGCCGAGUUACAUUUAGAGGUCAAAACUGUACUUUCCUGUAUUAAAAACAAAUUUCUCUUUCCCGAUCCACUGGUCAGAGGCAGCAUUAGCCAAGUCAGAGGCUCCAUUUAGUUUAUUGAAAAAGCCAGCAGCUCGGAGGAUUGAGCAUUAGAUAUUAGGAUAGAAACCAUCAUUUGAGAUGAAAUGUCAACGGGCCACAUCCAAAACAGACCAUUUUUCAGUCUUUAUGUGCUAUUAUGUCCGAAAUAAUGAUUUCUGCUUCUCCUAUAAUCUAAUGAAAGAUAAGUGAUGGUGUGGAAGCCGUCUCCUUUGCUUGAAUCGAUGAACUGUCAAAAGUCUAAGGGUGGAGAAGAAAGUAAAUGUUAUUGUGCAAUGAUCAAUAAAAGUAGACUUGAAUAUGA